ACAUGUUUCUGCAGACAUGGACAAAGAAGGCAAAGUCGUUACUGCUGAGGGAUCUACUCAGCCAAAAAAUGAGGAUAAAAAUCCUGACUUCAACUGUGCACUGCUUGUGUCUUUGGAACCAGAAGCUUCAGAUCAGUCUGACACAUGUAACACAACCCUACCAGAGCAGUUACAGCGGAUCAGGGAAACUGGGAUUAAUGAUCAAGAAAGUGAGGGCAAUAUCCAUGAGGAUGUGGACAAAGAUGAGCAACUCCAGGAGGUUGAAAAAACCAAAAGUGUCCCAGAACCUGAAGGUUCUCAGUCUGAAUGCGGACAAACCAGUGAUUUUAAUGUUGAACAGCUAGAAGAAACUGUGCCAGAAGCAAAGGAAGUUUCCACAUCUGAUGUUUGUGUAUCAGAGAAGAAUGAAGUCACCAGUGAAGCAAUCCUAAACGAAAAAGAGAAUAUGGUUAAGAACGGGGAAAACAAAACACAUAGAAACAAGGGAACUCAAGAAAUACCAAUUAGAGAAGGUUCUCCUGAACCAAGAUUAGAAGACAGAUUGUCUUUAUUCAAAAGCAAAGACUACAAAGUCCUGGAGGACAGAACUACGGUUUCAUACUUUCCUCCUGAGUCAUCUUGUGCCCUGAACAGUGAAAACAACUUCUUAACACAGAGUGAAGUCUUAAGUCCAUUAAUACUGAAUAAAGCAAAAGUAAAUGAGACAGAGGCAGAAAUAAAGGAAAAUGAGUGUAAAGAGAAAGAACAUGAAACCAAAGAAGAGCAUGGAGGAGAAGAAACAGAAGAAAAGAAGGAACAGACUAAUGAUGGAGCCCAGGUGGUGACUGAGUCAGAUAAUGAGGUUGAUGUACAGACAGUUGGUCAGAGAGACCAAGAAAUACCUUUAAUUCCUACGAAAGCCUCUUCAAGUCUCACAGAUUCUGGUUUUGAGUUACGUUUAGGCAAUCCUGAUGAUCUUCCAAAUCCAAGAGAAGCUGGUUUGUUUAUGAGCCCAACAAAACCAGAAAUAUGUCUAAGUCCAUUGGAGACCACAGCAUUGAUGAACAAGACCGAUCAAGUGUUUCGUCCUGUUGAGCCAGAAGGCAAUGAGGCAGAAGAUAAAGUCAAGGUAAAACAAUCUCAUAUAGACAACAAAUCUACAGCCAGCACAAAUGUUUGCCAGGGUUAAGUGAAGACACUGAUGUCACAGUUUCUAUACUGCGGAAUGAGACUCCAGUAGGGCCCAUCAAGGAUACUGACAUGGAAACUGUCAAGAGUAGUGGUGAUGAGCCUACAAAACCAAAGACACCUGUAAUUGAGACCACCCGCAGAGAUUCUGACUUACUAAAUUCCAUGACACCAGAGUCCAACAGUUCCACAAAAGCUACCUUAGAAGAUGACUCGCAGGCUAAUGAAACAGAGAGAAAUAUUGCACCAUUGAUCACUGAAUUCUUGCCUGCAACAGAAGUGAAAAUGAAGCAUGAAACUCAAGUUGUGGACAAAGAUGGUCAAAUGCAGGAGGUUGAAA